AUGGAUCACGCUGAAGAGGCCCACCGAGUCAACUCCCGCGGUGCAAACUUGCUGCAGGAGCUGAUUGCUGCACUGCAGCGCAGGGAUGGUCCAGGCGUCAGCAAUGACGAGAAGCACCGCAUCUCCGCCGAGGACGUUGAGCCCAUCUUUGAGCUCUUGCAGGAGGUGCUGCUGGACACCAGCCGCGUGGCGGAAGAGAGCCACUUGGCCGCCCGAAGGGCUGCAGAGGCAGGGGAGGCAUCUUCGUCUGCCUUCCUCGCAGCAGACGCCUUGGAGCAGGAUGCCCAGCUGAAAGAACAGCUGGUGAGCGUUCUUACCCACGCCUCCGAUGCUGAACAGGCAAUCUCCGUGCAGGUGAUGUGGAAUUGCAGGCCAUGGCUGCAGGCACUAGAUGGACUUGGUGCUCGGCCUGCUCGAGCGCAGCGAUGA